CAUAAACCUCCUUACUCGAGCGAUGGAGUACGACGAAGAAGAAUGUCGGGUCUGCCGUGGCGAAGCGGAAGAAGGCCGUCGCCUCUUCGCGCCCUGCAGAUGCAGCGGCUCGAUCCGCUACGUGCACUCGGACUGCUUGGCCGAGUGGCUGGCCAUCUCCAAGAAGGAAGUGUGCGAGCUCUGCGGCUACACGUUCUCGUUCCGCCCGUUGUACGCCGACGGCUGCCCCGAGACGCUGCCGGCCGGCGAGCUCUUCUUGUCGCUGGCGAUCGUGGCGCUAAAGAAGUGGCUGCCGCUGGCCAUCCGCGCGAUCCUCGUUGUCAUUGCGUGGGCCCUCGUCGCGCCAUGGUGCACGAGCUGGCUCUACCGCCUCUGGCUACUCCGCGCCGCGACCAUGGGAUCGGUCAACUUUAACGACCGCAUCCAGACAAUCGAGGUGCUCUUUGACGACGUCUUCUCCGGUUUGAUCCUCAUCGUCGUCGUCGUCUGCUCGUUCCUCUCGCUCAUGAGCCUUGCCGACUUUCUCCGCUUCAACAUGGACCAGAUCCAGGACGAGCUGGACGCCGACGCCGAUGUGCCGGAAGAGGUCCAUCUUCGCCAGCGCGCGAUGCUCGUCGCCCAAGAACUCGAGAUGCAUGGGCUCCAAGAUAAUGCUGACGGCAACCAUCGCGGCGACAACUUUAUGCGGCUCAUCGAGCGCGUCGACGGCGUCGACGAGUGGAUCCCCGAGCGCGGCCACCGCGGCGACCACUCAGACGACGACGACGACUCGGAGGAGGACGACGACAACUCGUCCGACGACGACUCGGACGACGAGAUCCAGCCACGCCGCCGCCACGUGCGUCCGGCCGCCCACCUCCCGCACCUCAACCUGCCGCGCGGACAGCCGCUCGUGCCACCGCGGCGCGUCGUUCGUGUCCGCGAAGACGACAACCUUCCGCUCUUCGAAGAGGCGAUCCAGCAGAUCCCGCAUGCCGCUGUCUUUCGGCCACACGUCGCGCGCAAUAUCCGCCCGGACCCACGCAUCGCCGAGGCCGCCAACCGCGGCAACCGCCGGCGUCGCGGCGCCGUGCCUCCGCGCCGCCCUGUCAACAACAACAACAACAAUGAGCCGCCGCUGCAAGACCCGUGGGACGACGACAUGGACCACAUGGAGAUCAACAUUGCGAUGGACGAGCUCGUUGGCUUUCGCGGGCCGCUGUACCUCCUCGUGCGCAACGUCUCGUGGUUCCUCGCGUUCAACGGCGCUUACCUUGGCAUCUUUGCAUUCAUCCCGUACACGCUCGGGAGCACGAUCGUGUCGACCGUGGCCAAGUUUUCAUUUGCCUUGCCGCCGCUCGAUCCGUCGAUCCUCGAAAGCCCCGUCCUCGAGGCCAUGCCGCCGCUCUACCGCAUGAUUGGCUUGGUCCUCAACACGACCGAGAACGCGCGGCUCCACGGCGACUGCCUCCAGCUCGUCGAUCUUGGCACGUGUGCGCUCGGGUACUUUAGCUUUUGCGGCACCAUCGUGCUCUGGCGCGUGCUCGUCUCGACCAUCUCGAGCUACAACCAUCGACCGUUGCUCGCGGGCCUGCUCUGGUUCCUCUCGUGCCUCAACGCAGUCGUCAAAGUAUCGACACUGCUUUUGCUCAAGAUGAUUUUGCUCCCGAUCCUCCUUGGCAUUGGCAUGGACGUCGCGACCCUCCAGCUCUUCCUUGUCGACCCGUGGGACCGACUGAGCUACUGCAUGGAACACAUGCUGGCGACGCUCCUCGUGCACUGGGUGCUCGGCAUCACGUUCAUGCUCUUUGUGACCGUCGCGGUCCUCCAGAUGCGCGAGGUGCUGCACCCAGACAUUCUCGCGGCCACGAUCCGGCCCCAAGAGGCCAACCCGGACAUUCUCAAAGCGCUUUUGAGCGAGAAGAGCGUCAAGCACGCGCGGCGCAUGCUGCUGUCGCUUGCGAUCUACGCCGCACUCCUCCUUUUGCUGGUGCACUUGCCCGUGCGCGCCGCGUACAGCGUACUGCCCUCGCUCUUUCCGCUGCAGCUGCGCUUUUACCACAUCUUUGCUCCGCUCCAAGUGCCGCUCGAGCUCGUCCUUGCACACAUGACGAUUCUCGCGGUCCUCGAGACGUACAAGAACGAGAUUGGCACGUUCCAGUACAAGUACAUGCUGCGCAUGUGCGCACGCCUCGGGCUCACCGAGUACUUGCUGCCGCGCGUACCGGCGCUGCCAGGUUCUGGCGUCGAUGCGAUCGUGCUCACGGUGCCGCCGUUGACGUUCAACCCGAACCACGACGCACCGGCGGCCGAGCAGCGCUACUAUGGCGCGCGGUACCUUCCGUGGCCCGAAGAAGGCCUUGUGGACCCGACCGUGAUGGAGUAUAACUUGCUGCCGCGUCAGUUCCCCGCCAACGUGCCGAUCCGCCUCGGUCUCCUCGUGCUUUCGUGUUGGUUGACGACCGUCGUCAUCAUUGGCACGGCGACGCUCGGUCCACUUUUCGUCGGACGCACGUCGAUCGCACUGCUCGAGCGGUUCUGUGGCGUCCAGCACGACUCGCUCGCAUUCGCCACCGGCAUCUUUGUGAUGUAUGUACUUCUCAGCGGCUACAAGGCGCUGCACAUCCUCCGCAUUCCGGACCGGGAUGUCCACCCGCGGCUUCAAAACAGCGGGUACCGGGUGCCCCCAUCGACUCGCAGCUCGCUCGUCAGCCUUGUGCUUUCGUGGGCCAUCGUAUUGCCGCUCAUGCUCGGGCUACUGAGUGCGCUCUGGAUGACGCCGCUCGCGUCGCAAUGGCCGACGCUUUUCGAGAUGCUCGGAUUUGGCUUCGUCACGCUGCACGCGGGUGCAUGGGCCGUGUGCUGCUUGGAGCUCAAGAAGCCGCGCCGCAACAACAACAAUGACGACGGCGACAAUGUGCCCAUGGUGGACCGGUGGGACGAGUUGUCGCGGGCGCCGCCGAGCAUCGUCACGUCGCUGCGGCUCGCGUACGAGCAACUCUGCUUCCACGUGCGCGCGCACCAAGACGGUAUUGACGGCGCAAUGGACGACUUGAGCGCCAAGUGUUUUGACGGGGUUUUGUUCCGCAACAAGGUGGUGCGACCGCUCGCCUACGGGUUCUUCAUGUGUCUCGUGCUGCCCUGGCUCGUCUGCAAGGUCGACGCGCUGCUUGCGUGGAGCCACCUGCCCGAACGCAUCUUGUACCGGCUCGCGUUUGCGACGCAGCUCGUGGGCGCUGGCGUCGUCCUCGCGAAACCGUACGUGGGCCGGUGGGUCCAGACACUCCACGACUCGGUGCGGGACGAACGGUACCUUGUCGGGAAGGAGCUCAACGACAUGGUCCGCUAAGUAGAGUGUAUUAGCUUAUAUAACCACGCGCGCGUGUU